UCAUCACAUGAGCUCUUCUCUGGUUCUGGGUCUUUUAGCUUGCAGUAUAGAAGAUACAACAUAUACACACACACACAUAUAUAUAUAUAUAAAGAGAGAGAGAGAGAGAAAGAGUUUGCACCCAAAAAAUUAUUGAACAAAAGGACAAGCUCACAUGACCCAAAACCUCAUCCUUUCAUGGGCCCCUACGUAUAAAAUUUCUUCUUCUUCUUUCUAUCUCUCUCUCUCUCUCUCUCCCUCUCUCCCAGUAGUCUUUCUUCUGAAGAAGAAAAAUGGUAGACGGAAUUUGAUGUUUGCUUUCCCUCUCUCUCUUGUAACUGCUAAAUACUUGUAAGGAAGCUUCAAGGAAGGUAAUUAGCUACUCAAUUAGUGUUUGGCCAAUACAUCCAUCUCUCUCGCUCUCUCUCUCUCUCUCUCUCUCUCUCUCUCUCUCUACAUGCUAUAGCUUUGCUAUCCUGGUCAACAUAAAUACCAAGAAGUAGAACCUGACCUUGUUAAGCCGUCCAUGGCUAAUCUUGUCACGUUUAGGGUUUGAGUUUUCUGUCCUGGUCAAGGAAGGCACCGACCCUUUUUUACAGUCUGCUGCUCAGACUGAGACCUCUCUCUCCUCCCUUUUGGGUCUUUACGGCCUCAGCUAGAGAUCUGAGAAGUACUUAAAAGAUAACAAUUUUCAGAAGGGUAUUUGCAGGCAGUAGGGUUUGGAUUGAGAUAAGAUCAUGAUCCACUGUGAAUUUAUCUGAGAGAGGCUGAUCAUCAAAUUGGAGAGGUUCAAGUCCAUCUCAUUCAAAUUAAUUUCAACUCAUCAUAUCAUCAACAAUCAUGGAGUUUGUGCAACGAGAUCAAAAAGGGUAUUCAGAUAAGGAAGAUCAAGAUCAAGAAGAUCAAGAGGAAGAGGAUAUAAUUUCCAGUAAGUUCUCUUCUUCAUCUCAUAAUUAUAACAACAGCAAUUAUGGGUCAUCACCAAAGUACAAAGCCACUUUUGUUCCUCCUCCUCUUCCUCAUCAUCAUCAUCAGUACCAGCAGCAAAAGCCAUGGGCUGUUCAUAAUCAUGGGUCUCCAGAAGCCAUCAACUUCAUGGACCUAUCACUAAACCAUGAGCAAGCAGCAGCUGAUGGAGCCAAUAAUAACAACAAUUGGCCUCCAAACUCUGAAAGAGAGCACAUGUUUGACAAAGUUGUCACGCCAAGUGAUGUGGGAAAACUCAACCGGCUAGUCAUACCCAAGCAACAUGCCGAGAGAUACUUCCCGCUUGACUCUACAGCCAACGACAAGGGCCUCCUCUUGAACUUCCAAGACCGGACCGGGAAGCCGUGGCGGUUUAGGUACUCCUACUGGAACAGCAGCCAGAGCUAUGUGAUGACCAAAGGGUGGAGCCGUUUUGUGAAGGAGAAGAAGCUGGAUGCCGGUGACAUUGUGUCGUUUGAGCGCGGGGUUGGGGACUCAGGUAAGGACAGCUUGUACAUUGACUGGAGGCGCCGCCCUCCCCCUCCUCCUCCUCCGCCACAUCAUCACCACCAUGGACAGUUUGGUAAUUGCAAUGACAGAUGUGGUGGAGGUGGAGGCAGGCUAUACUCCCUGCUUCAGCGGCCGCCUCCAUCCAUGAUGUCCAUGCCUCUUAGACACCAUGACUAUUUUCAUCCAAGCAACAAUGUUCAUCAUCCGUACCAUCAUCAUCACCACCAGAUCAUGAACCAUCAAUAUUUGCAGCAUCAGAUUCAUCAUCAAUUGCAAGUGGAGAGGGAUCAAGUGGUUCAUCAUCAUCAUCAGUAUCCGAUGGUGAUUGAUUCUGUGCCGUUUGUUCAACAUGGGAAGAUGAGUUCCAGUGGAGCUAGCGCUGGUGCCUCUACCGGUAAGCGGCUUAGGCUAUUCGGUGUGAACAUGGAGUGUUCUCCAAACAUUGAAGAAGAUCAAACAGAUGAACAUCAAUACCAGAUACUGCCUUCAACAGCAAUACCAUAUAAUCAUCUUCCUUCCUCUUCGCUUGCUGCUCCUCUUGAAUUAAGGCUGCCCAAUACUAUUGGUGCCAACCAAAUACCACUGCCCAAUACAGGUGCAGCAGAUCAGUACCUCUCAAAGAAAGGGAAAUCUACUUCCUUGUCGUUUUAUUUGGAUUCCUAGCUAGGCUAUCUAUAUCUAGCUUAGCUAGCAGAGUUGAUGAUUUGCUGCCAAGGAAAAUAUAUAUGAACAGAUUAUAAGUCAUGGUGGGUUCACUCUCUUCUCUUCAACUAAGGCUACCCAAAUGAUGCCCCUACUGCUCACAUGGUGUAGCUGCAGUCUGCAGAGGGCCUUUCAAAGAAAGGGAAAAUCUACUUUCCUUGUCGUUUUAUUUGGAAUAUAUAUAUAUAUAUAUAUCCGAAGCUAUAGGCUAGCAGAGUUCAUUUCCUGUGAAUUGGCACAAUAUAUUUUACAAACGAAGUGAACAAGCAUUUUCUUACAGCAUUGAUUGUACUAGUAGUCAAUUUGCAGUUCGAUCGAAUUGAUUGGAGUACCUGCAUUUCCUUUUGCCUUACAUCUAUAUUAUUAACUCCAACUUAGCUUGAUCA